AGUGGGAGGCCCUGGCCCGAGGAGCCCGCCCAGCGGCGGCAGGAGGAGGCGGAGCUCGCCCAGUCAGCCCAGGAGGUAUCGAGCCGCUGCUGACGUUGUUGGGGUGGGUGAGGGAGCGCGCCGGCCCAGCCGCAGCCGUUGUCACUGCGCUUCCCCAACGGCCGUUACCUCACCUGGCGGACUCGACCCAGCGAGUCCCGCCGCCGUUAGCGGAUCAUCGCACGAGCGUGGCCAGCGCCAUCGGCGGCCCGCCCUCUUCCACUUUUGCCUUCUCUUCAUUGGUCGAGCAGAACCUCUCAUCUCCGCGAUUGGUCCAGGAGGACGUGGUUUGUGCCUACGUGGAGCCCUCAGAGAUAAAACACCGCCCCAGUGGUUUUGGACUCAAAAAGGAUGGGAAGAAAGGAUGCAUCUGCCGCAAGAAUUCCUGUUGAGCAAUACAGGAAACAAAUAGGAAAACAAGAUUACAAGAAAAGCAGGCCAGUGUUAAGAGCAACAAGAUUAAAAGCAGAGGCCAAGAAAACUGCACUGGGCAUAAAGGAAGUUGCCCUUGUCCUUGCAGCAAUACUGGUAUUUCUGUUGGCUUUCUACGCUUUCUUUUAUCUUAAUCUAUCAAGUGAAGUUGACCUUGAUCUGGAUCCAAAUGAAAACUAGCAGAUGCAAUGUAUCUAUCCUAUCAUCAGAUUCUCUUCUGGAAAAACAACUACCUUGAACAACACUGUUUGGGAACAGCAUAAUGCAUAAUAAUACUAUGCAAUAUCUCAAUCGCUCUUAAAAUUCAUAUUGCAGAAGAGGCAAAGAAGACUCACGCAAUGCAAGCUGCUUAAGUUAAAGCAAAAGCUGUACUAUUGUGAAUUAAAUGAAUUGUUUACAUUAUUUGUUUCUCAGGCUGAGAACUCUGAUGCCAAAAGACAGUUUGGGUAGAUACUGACUUCUGGGUAGUCUGUCCUGACUUAAAUUCAUGAAUCCAUGAAUCCAAACUUCCCAGUAGUGAAAUUAGGUUUCUUUUUUUUUUAAAUACAAAAGAAAAAACAAGUCCCCAAAUAAAAGUUGCUUUACUGAUUUGUAUCUCCAGGGCAUCUGCACCACCCUCAGUCUUGCACUCUCUCGCUCUUCACACAUGCAGGUAAUUUCCUUUUUAGAAUUUCUCUUUUUAGAAACAGUCUCCCACUUCCUGUAGGGCCUAUUUUAUAUCCUAGAUUCUAUAUGCACAUGUAUCUACAGUAAUCUUUUUUCAAUCCUUGCCAACUGUUCAGUGUACAUGUGCUCUGUCAGAAAUGUCACCUGGAUGACAGAAGCUCGAACAUUAUUAACAUAUGCCUCUGAAACAGUGUUCCUUGCCUUUUGGGCUGUGGGAACUGGUAUAUGUAGAAAGUUCAGUUGAUGUUGAUUUUAAUUAGUAUACUGCUCUAUUAUUGAUAUAAAGAUAAAAUUCUAUUUUAAUUAUACUGUUCCUGCUAAUUGCAAUAGCAACUUGCUUCUCUCAUUGGGAGCGUGUGGUAAAAAAUUAGUGUUCCAGUUAUACUAUCUUUUUCCCAUCAAACUAAUGUAAGGGGUUGUACCAGCUAACAAAUCUUUUUCAUGCCUACUCCCCAAAACUGAAAGAGUCUUGACUCCCCGACAUCUGUUAGAAACUCUGUUGGCAAAUUAACCCUAAUGUCUCUUAUAUAAUAGUCUUAUAACUAAGGGAUAAACCCACUGAGUUCCCUUUGUUUAGUGACUGUUUUGGAAGUGUUCAAGUUAGACUUAGAUUUGACAUGAGGAUAUUGUAGGUAAAGAGAAAUCAAAAAUAACUAAUAGUGUAGUAUAUAAGACUAUGUUUAUUUUAAAUUGACCCAUAGCCCCAUUAUCACCACUGAAAACCUGGUUCAGGAAUUUAGAUCAAUAUGGUUAAUUUUUAGACCAUACAGUAUUGAUGCCUAUAUACACUAUGAGUCUCUAAGGAUACACUUUUUAUUCGGUUUGUGUAAUACAGGACACCUCAUCUAGAAAUGCAGAAUACACCAGCAUCUCCAACAUAUGUAUGAAAAGGAAAUAUUAUACUUAUUUCUCAUUCUCUAAAUUGUGACUUUUUAAGUCACCAAAUCCCCAAAAUCAUACAUUCUUAGUACGUGUAGUCCAGUAAUAGUAUAUAUGCCACCAAAUGUGUAGCAACAUAUAGCACUUGGAGUGAAGCCUUUUAUGACAUGUGGCAAUCACAAGCUAGCAUUUUGGAUGUGACAUGCCUGUCACUUCACUGAGUGCCAUACCACAUGUCUCAAAAUGCUGCAGUCCUCUCUUUCAUUUUGCACAAGCAAUUUCCAUUUUCCACUAACUCAUAUGAUGCUGUAAGGAUUAUGUAGCUAAUGGUUGUACAGCGCUUUGUAUGAGACAUGCAAUAGAAGUGCUAAGUAUGUUAUAUUGCCAUAUAUAUUGUGUUCCGAAACAGUUAAAUGAAAAGAAGAAUAUUUCUAACUUAAAAUAGUAACUUGAAGUUAUUAGAACAAGAACAUUUCCCAUAUUGUGUGAAUCACAAGUAAAAACCAAACUACAUCUGGGGAUGAAUGAAAUCUAUGUAUUGGUUUAUGGACCAGAAGACCCCUAGACUAGAAAGUAUCUCAAAUCUCCAUUAUGUUCUCAAGUGCUGCAUUUUGCAUACGGCUAUUUUUCAUUUAGGUGACAGACAUAACUAAGUCACAUGUAACUAGAGAGUUGCCUAUUGCUUAGAAUAUCUGAGGAGAUUCAUGCCCAGUGCACAUGGGAAUACAUGGAGAAUAUUGCAGCAAAUACAUGGAAAAUAUUGCACCUGUGCUUUCAGUCCACUAGUUACAGACAGGGGUUUGUUAAUAGCAGAUGUCCCAGCCUUAGUCAAACUAUCCGCUUGUUUUAUUUUUUAAUUUAUAAACACAAAUGCAUUAAACAUAGGGCCUGAGUUGGGUCUUGCUUACACCUCUUUUCACGGACUCCUUUAACUUCAGUGAAAUUACUCCUGCUUACUCCUAAUUACUCACACUAAUGUGAGAUCAAAAUCUGGCCGGUGAUUAUGCCUCCCUUUUGGAGCACAGCAGGUAUCCAUUCCUGAUAUCUUUAAAUGAAGUUGCUUUUAGCACCUCAAAUGCAUGCUAGGUGUGCGCUCUCUCUCUCUCUCUUUCUCUAAUGAUGAUACCGAUGUAUGUAUCUGAAAGCAGAACCAAUCCCAUAAUUUUUUAGGUCAUUUGUCUUUGUAACUCUAGCUCAUGGACUAUUUUAAUAAUAAAAUGAAUUUUUAAACUUU